AUGGAGCUCGACCCCGUCAAGAACCCGGAGUACUUCUCCACGGAGACGAGAGGACAUUUGUACAUUGGCCUGGCCGCGUUCCUCAUGACCGCAGCGACGACGGCGGUAGCAUUGAGAUUCUACACGAGGCGCAUCUUAUUAAAUCAGCUGGGGUUCGACGACUGGUUAUCGUUUGUGGCGUUGUUCUUUACAAUCGCAACUGGAGUAGCACAAUGUUGGCUGACAAGGAAUGGACUGGGACACCAUAUCGGCACGUUGCCACAGCCAGACGGGUUUAAAGCUUACAUGCUGAAUUUCUGGAUCGUCAUCGUCUUCUAUAAUACCAGCAUCAUGUUUGUGAAACUCACCUUCCUCGCGCAGUACUACCGAGUCCUGGCGAUCCAGAAAAUGCGCAGAGUCUGCUUCGUCGCCAUGGUCGUGAUUGGUAGCUGGAGCUUUUCUCAGCUCAUGAUUGCCAUCUUUAUAUGCGUCCCCGUUGCCGGGUUUUGGGACCAGAGCCUCGGGGCGAAGUGCAUUCCCACCCUACCAGAGUGGUACCAGAAUGCGGCGGGCAACAUCGCUACGGACAUUGCCAUUUUCGUCAUUCCGUUGCCGGCACUGAGUAAUUUGAACCUCCCGAAAACGCAAAAGCAAGUACCCUUUGAACCACCCUCUCUAGAUACUUGUUUCUCGAGGAUAGUGAACGCUCUGUAG